AUGACCUCAGUAAUCUCUAAUGCUUCCACUACGCGCAAUUUUCCUCGGUUUCCUCCUGAACUUUGGCUCUCGAUAUUUAGCCUCGCCACCAAUGUCCCUGGUCUACUGAGUUGCGAUGGCCCAACUCCAUCUGAUUUACCGCGCCCCAUCGUCAAGGAAAAUGAGCAGAGACUGCUGAGGGAGUCGCUUAUCACAAAGAGGAAUAUCAUCCUUGUCUGCAGGACAUGGCACGCUCUUGCCACCGAGCUCCUUUAUCGGAGUGUCUUGGUCACUCGCCCAGCUACCCUAUCUUCUUUACUUGUUGCCCUCGACAGAAGAUCCUCUGGAGCAGCUCACCCCGCCCAUGUAGGGUGGUGGACCAGACGACUUGAUGUCUUGAUACAGGAUGACCGUUGCGAGGCAUCUGAUUACUCCCUAUUGGCCAAUGUCAUUCGACGGUUCCCAAACUUGUCGAUCGUCACAUUAUCCAUGCCAAUGCUUCCCUAUAAUGAUUGCUGGCUUCGGCAGUUACCCACAUCAGUCGUGAUGGCGCUAGCUGAAUCUUGCGGUCCAUCAUUGCGCGUAUUUGAUUGUUCUGAGUCCAUUUUGCGCCCCUGCAGAAAGGAUCUGAUGAAGUUGAUAGCUGCAGCACCGAAUUUGAGCGUGCUCCGCUGCCCAAUUUGCUCGCCCAGUGCAGGGGACAAGUUCCCUUCCACCAGACUCGACGUGCCUGUCAUGACCAACUUGCUGUCGGUGUCCCUCAUGUCGGUCUUUUUGCGAGACUACCUGCCUGAAGACAGAGACGCCAACCACUUCCCAGCUCUCCGGCAACUUACCUACGAUUGCAUCCCUCCUCCAUUCCUUGACCAUACUUGGAAAAAUUUUGUGAAGCUGAGCUGCGCGAAUGUUACUACCGUGCACCUCGACUUUCCCCUUCAAGGCGACUCGCUUCAGAAGGAGCUGGACCUACUCAGCGAAUGUUGCCGUUCUUUGAACGAUCUUGUCGUUUAUCUCCGUUCAUGGACGGAGAUCAAACCCAAUCUCUCCCUUCCUCCUUCCGUUUCAUACCUGGGACUAUAUUCCAAGUUACUCAAGACACCCGCGUUCCAUUUUAAACAACUAUUUACCGCUCUUCGUACCAUGUCAGGCUCAAAGCUCAAGACUGUUCGAUUGCUGCACGCGGACACUGUAGAAGAUUUGCAGGAGAACUGGUCUUUGCUAGCGAAUGAACUUGCUGAUAUCACUUCUUGUAUUACCUUCCGCGUCGAGGAAAACGAGGGACAUCCUCUGUUGACUUGA